ACAUUCGAAAGUAUAAAAAUGUUUUUUGAAUGAUACCAGCAUGCUUUAAGUUGUUAACCUGUUGUUUGGAGGGUUAAAAUGGCGACCAACACCGAAGAGGAGCAAACAUUGAAGGAUUGUGAAGUUUAUGUACAUAGGCACCAUAUUCAACAACUUCUUAAAGACUGUAUUGUUCAACUGUGUGUUAGUCGUCCGGAAAAUCCAAUUUCAUUUUUGAGAGGAUAUUUUCAAAGGCUUGAACGGGAAGCAGCAAACAAAGCAAGUAAACAAACAUCAACCAUUUCUCCUUGUGAUGAAAAAGAAGAUGAACAGUCAUCAAUGCCUAACAUAGUACCACCACAACGUGGUCGACGUGGAGCUGUCAGUGCUGAAACGUACUCGGAGGAAGAUGCAACUACAUAUGUGAAAAAGGUUGUUCCCAAAGACUAUAAGACCAUGGCAGCUCUCUCUAAAGCUAUUCAUCAGAAUGUUUUGUUUGCUCACUUAGAUGACAAUGAACUCAGUGAUAUCUUUGAUGCCAUGUUCCCUGUUGUUCACAAUGCUUCAGAAGUUAUAAUUCACCAAGGAGAUGAAGGGGACAACUUUUAUGUUAUUGAUCAAGGAGAAGUUGAGGUGUUUGUUAAUGGACAGAUGGUAACUACCAUUGGUGAAGCUGGAAGUUUUGGAGAACUAGCACUUAUAUAUGGUACUCCAAGAGCAGCAACAGUUAAGGCAAAAACAAAUGUAAAACUCUGGGCUAUAGAUCGUGACACAUACAGAAGAAUUUUAAUGGGUAGCACGAUACGGAAAAGAAAGAUGUAUGAAGAAUUUCUCAGUAAAGUUUCUAUUUUGGAGAGCUUAGACAAAUGGGAGCGUCUUACAGUAGCUGAUGCUCUAGAACCUGUACAGUUUAAUGAUGGAGAGGUGAUUGUGGAACAAGGCCAACCAGGAGAUGACUUUUUCAUUAUUGAAGAAGGAACUGCUGUUGUCCUUCAGAGACGGUCAGAAAAUGAACCACAAGUUGAAGUUGGAAAUUUAGGGUCUUCUGAUUAUUUUGGGGAGAUUGCGCUGCUUUUAGACCGUCCAAGAGCAGCUACUGUAAAAGCUAAAGGUCCCCUUAAAUGUGUAAAACUUGAUCGAGCCCGUUUUGAACGAGUCCUUGGACCAUGUGCAGACAUCCUGAAGAGGAACAUGACACACUAUAACAGUUUGAUUUCUCUUUCGGUGUAAAGCCUUCAUUUUAACUACAAGGUUUGUGGUGAAAGUUUUUGAGUUAAAACUUUUGAAAGUGGACUUCUUGAGGUAAGAAGGGUAUAAUGGAAACACCAAGUUCACUGGUUAGAAGCAGCAUAAUAAACCACUGUCAGUUUUGUGUAGAAUAUGUGUUUAGUAUCCUCAUGACUGUUUAUUGUAUCAAAAACUAAUGUUUUAACCUGUACACUUCCCUCUAGAUAACCUCCCCAUUUUUUUAUUCCUGGAAAGAGUUGGUAGAAUUAGUGCUGUUAUAAAAAAUUUAUGGGGUUCAUAGUUAUUGUUGUGCGUGUUGUUAUACAGUAUUUGAUGGUUUUUAUAUAUAAAAUGAUAUUUAGCCAAGUAGCACAAUAAGGUAUUUAGAAUUUUUUAUUACAAUUGGUGAAUUUAAGAAUUAGUUCUAAAAUUUAAAUUGUUGAAUUACAAAGUUAUUAUUGUAUUUAAAAGUUUUUAAGAGGAGAGAAGUUUUCUUGUUUUGGUUUUUGAUAUCAAAUCUAAAAUCUGUAGUAUUUAUUAGUCAUUUAUUAAAGUAUUAUAAAACCAAUGUUUACUCAGGAUAUGUUUAAAUAGAUCAACUGUGUACUAAUAUGAAUAAAAGAUCAGUACACCAAUAUCUAGGAUCAAGAAGUGUAUGUAACAUGCACUGUCUCUUGAAAAAUCAUUAUUUAAUGUUUCACCUUUAAGACGUUGUACUAAUUGAAAUUUGUUCUUUUUUAAGUGUAUUUUUCUUGUUCUAGUCUUGUUUUGGGCAUUAAAUGCAAAAGGGUUUUAAUGAAAGUACACUUUUGAGAUGCAAGUUUUUGGUUAAACACAUACCAUAAUUUGUAAGUGUUCAGAACAGGUAAUAGUUUAAGUUUUAAAGAACAAAAAGUAAGUUAUAAUUUUUUGCACAAAUUUGCACACAAAAUAAGAAAAUUAACAAAGUAAGUGUGAUUUUUGACAAACUGUAUGACUGAAAACUUAGCAUUGGUGUUAAAGAACAGGUAAUAAUUUAAGUUUUAAAGAAGAAAAAGUAAGUUAUGAUUUUUUGCACAAGUUUUGUAAUUUGAAUUUAAGAAACGUUCAUUGUACCAGUUUUUUGUUUGUUAAGUUGUGUAACUUUUGAUAAAUUUGUGUAUUUUUGAAUAUGUUGAACAUAAUGUUAUUGUUAAUUUCUCAGCAACUAUAGAGAAGGCCAUAAAUUUUCAUACCAUUCUUCAUCUAUGCAUGAUAGAGUACUUGGUUUAUGUUAUUAAAGUAAUUUAUCUUAGAAAGAAAUUCAGUGAUUUUUGUUUUUUCAACUCCAAAUACUCUGAUUAUAAUGUAAUUUUACAAAUUCUAGUGCAUGUAAUGUAUUUAUAAUAAGAACCUUAUUGCACACAAAAUAAGAAAAUUACCAUAGUAAGUGUAAUUUUUGACGAACUAUAUGACUGAAAAUUUAGCAUUGGGGGUUAAAAGUGUGUCAUUUCAUGGUCUUAAGAAAAUGUUAAAGAUAAUAUUUUGUUAUUGUGUUGAUGUUUAAUAUCCUUGUAUUUACGGCUGUAAGUUGUGUGAUUUUGUCUGUUUUGUUUUUUCUCUGAUAUGUCACUUACAUUUGUUGUUUGAGCUAACCUGUUGUUUGCUUCAGUUGUUGUGUAAUGAUAAACUUUAAUAUAAUAAACAAGUUGCUUAAUCUCA